AUGCGCCUUGCACCUUCAAAGUGCAAAGUCCUGCUUCAGAACGUGCCAUCUGUGAACAUAUCCCUUACAAUUGCUCGGGCCGCGUUUGCUAACUUGAGACACCUAUGGCGUCAGAAUGGUUUAUCCCUGAAUCUGAAGGGACGUGUGUAUCAAGCUACAGUGCGGGCUGUUUUGUUGUAUGGCUGUGAGACUUGGCCUAUUCGAGCAGCGGAACCGAGACGUCUUCAGGUGUUCGACAAUCGUUGUCUCAGAACCAUAGCUCGUGUGGAUAUUCCAUCUCUUGACUCUGUUCCAAGGACUCGUCUUUCCUGGGUAGAACGGCUUAGUGGAAGACGGUCUGGCUAUGAUUCUCCGAGUUUGUUUGUACGCCUGAGGCAUAAACGCAAUUACGAGAAGCGGAAAAACGACAGAAAGUUCCAACAGCAUGGUGACAGCUCUGACUCCCCACAAGCCGACAACUUCUCAAAGGCGGAAGCUUUUAUGGACUAGUCUUGAUGUUCACAAUGUAAUCUGUCAUUCUUUCAAUCAGUUCAUGUACUUAGGGAGUCUAUUUUUUGGUCAGCAUGAUUACGUGCUUCCUACAGCAGAUGCUUUUCUGCUGUCAGUGCGUUGGCCCAUUCCAUCGGAUCUCGGCGAACAAACUAUAUAGAUGACGUCCUGAUUUGAAUAUCUCUGUGCCACAAAGCCCAUAUCAUUCACCUACAUGCAACUACGCAGAUAUAUGUUCUCUGUACAAUCCUUCACAAUCUCCAACUACUUGUUUUGUUCUGUUAUUGUACAUAUCUCCAGGCCUCAACAA